CCCAGCAUGCCGUGCGCGGCGGCGGCGAGCCAGCGUUCUGGGGCGGGACUUCCGGCGGCGCCCGCUAGCGUCUUCCGGCCGCGCGCGAGGGUGGUCCGGCCGGCCUCUGUGACAUGAAGGUAUGCUGUGGGAGUAUCCGGUGCCUCAGUGUGCAGACUUGCUGCUCUGUGAAGAGAAGCAGCUGGAGAGGAGGGUUUUGGAGGAGAUCAAACCAGCUCCUGGCCAGGAGGUCAACAGGGUGGAGGAGAUGGAGGGCCCCCUGGCCCCCGAGGUUGGACUGCACUGUGAUACUCCCACCAUGAGGACACUGCUCAGCACGCUCUGGCUUGCUCUGGCCUGCAGCUCUGUUCAUACUACUCUGUCAAAGUCAGAUGCCAAAAAGGCUGCCUCGAAGACGCUGCUGGAGAAGACACAGUUUUCAGAGAAGCCUGUCCAAGACCGGGGUCUGGUGGUGACCGACCUUAGGGCUGAGGAUGUGGUUCUGGAGCAUCGUAGCUACUGCUCAGCAAAGGCCCGGGAGAGGCACUUUGCUGGGGACGUCCUGGGCUACGUCACUCCAUGGAACAGCCAUGGUUACAAUGUUGCGAAGGUCUUCGGGAGCAAGUUCACGCACAUCUCGCCCGUGUGGCUGCAGCUGAAGCGGCGGGGUCGGGAGAUGUUUGAGGUCACCGGCCUUCACGAUGUGGACCAAGGGUGGAUGCGGGCAGUCAGGAAGCAGGCCAAGGGCUUACGUGUUGUGCCCCGACUCCUGUUUGAGGACUGGACUCAUGAGGACUUCCGGAAUGUCUUAGACAGCGAGGACGAGAUAGAAGAGCUUGGCAAGACCGUGGUCCAGGUGGCCAAGAGCCAGCACUUGGACGGCUUCGUGGUGGAGGUCUGGAGCCAGCUGCUGAGCCAGAAGCACCUGGGCCUCAUCCACAUGCUCACCCACCUGGCUGAGGCCCUGCAUCAGGCCCGGCUGCUGGCCAUCCUGGUCAUCCCACCGGCUGUCACUCCUGGGACGGACCAGCUGGGCAUGUUCACACACAAGGAGUUUGAGCAGCUGGCCCCCGUGCUGGACGGCUUCAGCCUCAUGACCUACGACUACCCCACAGCACAGCAGCCUGGCCCCAAUGCACCAUUGUCCUGGGUUCGAGCCUGCGUCCAGGUCCUGGACCCCAAGUCCAAGUGGCGCAGCAAGAUCCUCCUGGGCCUCAACCUCUACGGCAUGGACUAUGCAGCCUCCAGGGAUGCGCGUGAGCCCGUCAUUGGGGCCAGGUACAUCCAGAUGCUGAAGGACCACAGGCCCCGGAUCAUGUGGGACAGCCAGGCAGCAGAGCAUUUCUUCGAGUACAAGAAGCCUCAUCAUGUUUUGCAGAAGCCGCGGUGGGAGGCACAUGGUCUUCUACCCAACUCUGAAGUCUGUGCAGGUGCGGCUGGAGCUGGCCCGGGAGCUGGGCGUCGGAGUGUCCAUGUGGGAGCUGGGCCAGGGCCUGGAUUACUUCUACGACCUGCUCUAGGCCUGGCUGCGAGCGGAUGUGUGCUUUCCUGAGCGAUGGAGUGACCAGUUCACGUGUGAAAUACAGACUCUUCUCUGUU